AUGUCUUCGGAAAGCGAAAUAAAAAUUGAGAAACUUCAAGAUAGUUCACAGUGGCUGACAUGGAAAUUCCAAAUGGUGCAAAUUUUGGAAGCUGGCGAAAUGUUUGGUGUGGUCAACGGAGAAGAGUUAUUGCCUAGCGCAGGUGAGCAGGAACAGAAGAGUUGGCGUAAACUUGAUGCCAAAGCUCGCCGGACAAUAAGUACAGCAUUGGGAAAACAACCGCUUCUGCAAAUUCUUAACUGUGCUUCUGCGAAGAGCAUGUGGGAUACACUCAAAAGUGUAUACGAACAAACAUCAACAGCGAGCGUAUUGUUUUUGUUGCAGAAAUAUUACAGCUACUCGAAAGAUCCAGAAGAUGAUAUUGCGACUUUUUUGUCGAAGCUAAUGGAAAUUGUGCAGCAUCUUCGUGAUCAGGGCGAAAUCAUAUCAGACUCGAUGAUUAUGACGAAAGUUUUAAUUUCAUUACCGGCGGAAUACAAUCAUUUCCAUAGUGCUUGGGAAUCGGUGCGGCCAGCAGAUCAGAAUCUAAAUAAUUUGAGAGCCAGACUCAUGGCUGAAGAAAUUCGUUUGAGUGCUCAAGAAAAAGUCAAAGCAGAGGCUUUUGUAGCCAGGCACCAGAGCCGGCCAAAAACCAAGAAGCAUCAGAAUAAUAACAGAAAAACAACAACAAAGGGCGGAUUGGCUAAAUCGGCAAAGAAUGAGACUCAACAUAAAAAUGUCGAAGCGCUGGUGUGUGGAGCAAAUGUAAGCGGUAAGCAAGAGAGCUGGAUGCUUGAUUCAGGGGCAACGGAUCACAUGAGCAACCGACGCGAUUGGUUCGUCACAUUUGAACACUACAAUGAUAUCGUCAGAGUUGGCGAUGGGCGUGCUAUUAAAGCAGCAGGUAAAGGUGACAUUAAUGUUUUAGUUAACGACGGGCAAGAAUGGGUGCAGAAAGUUUUGACUAACGUGCUUUAA